GGUGCAGACAGAGAGCACAUAUGCAAAACACAUAAACCUAUAAUGUAUAUAUUUGCUGCAAAAAUAGUUUUCCUUUCAUGAGACAACUGUGGUUGGGCAAGAGGCAAUGAGUGCGGGAUUUCUCGCGAUAAUCCCGGUUGAUUCCGAUCCGGUUAGUGCUGAAUGAUUCUGGAAAGAUGGCGGUCAGCAUCCGAGGCCGUCCGAGCCGAAGCGUUCGGAUGCGAGGUCGGAAUGACAGUGGGGAGGAAAAUGUACCACUCGAUCUUUCCAGAGAUCCUUCAGACAACCUCCGGGAAAUCCUACAGAAUGUUGCCAAGCAACAAGGAGUCUCCAACAUGCGCAAACUCGGUCACCUGAACAACUUCAUAAAGCUUCUCUGCAAGGUCGGCCACUCAGAAGAGAAGCUUGGGUUUACACAUGAAGAGAUCAUCAUUUGUCUCCGGUUAGCACUGUUGAACGAGGCUAAGGAAGUGCGAGCUGCAGGGCUGAGGGCUCUACGCUACCUGAUCAGAGACAGCACUAUUCUCCAGAAGGUCCUCCGUCUUCAGGUGGACUACCUGAUCGCCAGGUGCAUAGACAUCCAGCAAAGCAAUGAGGUGGAGAGGACACAGGCUCUCAGGCUGGUGCGAAAGAUGAUCACUGUGAAUGCACUGCUCUUCCCCCCGUCUGUCACCAACUCCCUCAUUGCCGUGGGCAACGAUGGGCUACAGGAGCGAGACCGCAUGGUUCGCGCCUGUAUCGCCAUCAUCUGUGAACUUGCUGUGAAGAACCCUGUGGUGGUGGCCCAGAGGCGUGGUCUCAGCACCAUUCUGAAGAACGUGAUCGACUGUCAGCUGAGCCGCAUCAACGAGGCACUCAUCACUACCAUCCUACACCUCCUCAACCACCCACACACACGCCAGUAUGUGCACUCGGAUGUGGAGCUCGAGCAAAUCCUGGCCCCUUACACUGACUUCCACUACAGACACAAUGCAGACACGGCAGAGGGGCAGCUCAAGGAAGACAGGGAGGCUCGUUUCCUGGCAAGUAAAAUGUCCAUAGUUGCUUCCUUUCGCUCCUGGUCAGGCAUCAUUAACCUGUGCAAGUCAGGCAACUCUGGAAUCCAGUCUCUUAUUGGCCUGCUCUGUAUACCAAAUAUGGAAGUAAGGAAAGGCUUAUUAGAGGUGAUAUAUGAUAUAUUUCGGCUCCCCAUGCCGGUUGCGACUGCAGACUUUAUUGAAGCACUUAUCAGUGUGGACCCUAGCAGGUUCCAAGACAAUUGGAGGUUAUCAGAUGGCUUUGUGGCUUCUGAAGCAAAAGUUAUCCUUCCACAUCGAGCUCGAUCAAGGCCUGACCUAAUGGAUAAUUACCUGGCGUUGGUACUGUCUGCCUUCAUCAAGAGUGGACUUCUUGAGGGUCUUGUUGAGGUUAUCACAAGCACUGAUGACCCCAUCUCUGUGCGAGCCAUCAUUCUACUGGGAGAACUGCUUCACAUGGCCAACACCAUCCUCCCCCACUCCCACAGCCACCACCUGCACUGUCUACCCACACUCAUCAACAAGGCUGCCUCCUUUGACAUCGCCCAGGAGAAGAGACUACGGGCGAGUGCAGCGGUCAACUACCUGAAACGUUUCCACGAGAAGAAGAAGAGAGGACCCAAACCCAACAGCCUGUACCUGGACCACAUCAUUCGCAAAUCGAAGGCUUCACACUACUGUAGAGACCAGCACUUUAGACCACAGAGAGAUAUCUUUGUCAUUAAGGACACUGAGGAUGCUCUUAUGAUGAACCUGAGAGACAGCCACAUCCUCAACCACAAAGAGAACCUGGACUGGAACUGGGUUCUCAUCGCAACAAUAUUGAAGUGGCCAAACGUUAACCUGCGGAGCAAUAAAGAUGAACAAAUGCACAGGUUUGUGCGCAGGCUGCUGUUCUUCUAUAAGCCCAGCAGUAAGCUGUACUCCAGCCUGGAGCUGGACCACAGUAAGGCCAGGCAGCUCACUGUGGUAGGAUGUCAGUUCAUCGAGUUCCUCCUGGAGUCUGAGGAGGAUGGGCAGGCAUACCUGGAGGACCUGGUGAAGGACAUAGUCCAAUGGCUCUCCUCUUCCUCGGGGCUCAAGCCUGACCGCGGUCUCCAGAGCAACGGGUUGCUCACCACUCUCAGCCAGCACUACUUCCUGUUCCUGGGCACUCUUUCCUCACACCCGCACGGCGUCAAGAUGCUGGAGAAGUGCAGUGUCUUCCAGUGCCUGUUGAACAUCUGUACUCUGAAAAAUCAGGACCACCUGCUGAAACUCACUGUCUCCAUACUGGACUACAGCCGUGACGGGCUGUCCAGGGUCAUCCUGUCCAAGAUCCUCACUGCUGCCACUGACAACUGCAGGUUGUAUGCCACUAAACACCUGCGAGUGUUGCUUCGUGCCAAUGUGGAGUUCUUCAGUAACUGGGGCAUCGAGCUGCUGGUCACCCAGCUCCACGACCGCAACAAGACCAUCUCCAUGGAGGCGUUGGACAUACUGGACGAGGCCUGUGAGGACAAGGCAAACCUCCAUGCUCUAAUCCAGAUGAAGCCAGCUCUCACACACCUGGGGGACAAGGGUGUCCUGCUGCUGCUACGGUUCUUGUCCAUUCCAAAGGGCUUCUCCUACCUAAGUGAGAGGGGUUACGUCACCAAGCAGCUAGAGAAAUGGCAGAAGGACUAUAACCUGAAGUAUGUGGACAUGAUAGAGGAGCAGCUGAACGAGGCUCUCACCACAUACCGCAAGCCUGUCGAUGGAGACAACUAUGUACGCAGAAGUAACCAAAGGUUACAGAGGCCAAAUGUUUAUCUUCCUGUUCAUCUGUAUGGCCAGCUUGUCCAUGAUAAGACAGGCUGCCAUCUACUGGAAGUCCAGAAUGUGGUUCCUGACCUAAGCUACACUGUCCGUUCCCCAAUGCUGGACAAGUGGGAGGGCAUCAAACAGCUAAAGGCAGCACUUUGGGCCUUGGGUAACAUAGGGUCAUCAAACUGGGGGUUGAACCUCUUACAGGAGGAGGGGGUGAUCCCUGACAUAGUGGUUCUGGCCCAACACUGUGAGGUUCUCUCCAUCAGGGGGACGUGUCUGUACGUGUUGGGGCUGAUCUCAAAGACGCGUCAGGGCUGUGACAUGCUGAAGCAGCACGGCUGGGACGCUGUAAGACACAGCCGGCGGACGCUGUGGCCCGUUGUCCCAGACGACAUGGAGCCCUCCCCCAACCCGCCCAGCCUGCUGUCCUCUGUCCCCUCCACCCUCAGCCUCGCCUCUGACUCCACCAGCUCUAGACACAACAGUGAGAGUGACUCCACACAGCCCAGUAUGUACAUCAUGGACGAUGAGCGGCUGGAGAACUGUGACCUGUCGGACGAUCCUCCCAUGUACAUGAGACCCAAGUACAAGGACCGCAGCCCCUUCACCCUCCUGGCUUCCAGCCACUUCCGUAACCGCCUCCUCCACUCUCUGUCGCUCUCCGGGAAGAUGCUGCGCAGCACCAGCGACCCCAAGGGCACCACCAGGGACCACGGAGGAGGGAUGGAAGAGGAUCAGGGGCGCAAACGCACCGUUACUGAACCCAGCUACACCUUUGGAUCUUCAGAUGUCUUCCCAAUCUAUAAUGACGGCCACCUGCCCAAAAGCCCCUCUGUCAACCUAGAAACUUCCAUUGUGGGCAGCAAGACGCCUGAAAACCAGGGCAGCACACCCAACUUCGGUGAGGGAGAUGGGGAGGGGAGGCUGCCAGGCCGGUCAGUGGGGGUAGGAGGGUCAGGGCUGGGGGUGGGGGAGAACCAGAGAGAGCAGACUAGCCGAGAACGCCUGGCCGGGGAUGGCCCGUCCGGAGGGGGCGGGGGGGCUCAGUUUAAAUCGCGCAGUCAGAGCUUCAACACGGACACGACCACCAGCGGCAUCAGCUCUAUGAGUUCCAGCCCCUCCAGGGAGACCCUGCCCUCCACCAUCGACACGGACGGUGUCAGCCUCAACAGUGUGAUCAGCGCCCAGACCAUCCAGACCCUGACCUCCCUCACCCCCCAGCCCCACACCGCCCACCUCUCCUCCCUGUCCAAAUCUAGCUCUACCUCCCUGGUGCCCCCCGGCUCCUCCCACACUCCCCGCCGCGCCCAGUCUCUCAAGUCGCCUUCGUUGACCACCCUGAGCGGCCUGACGGACUGCAGCCUCAUGUACUCCAACUCCCGCGACGCGCUGGGCUACGCCACGCUGAAGUACGCCACUUCCUGUGACACGUACGCCAGUCAGCGUGAUGCGCUGGGCUAUGCUACUCUGAAGAGGCUGCAGCAGCAGAGGAUCCACUCGUCCCUGUCCCACAGCGAGGCUCUGGCCUCCCCAGCCAAAGACGUGCUCUUCACUGAUACCAUCACCAUGAAGACAGGCAGCCUGGACUCCAGACUCACCCCACGGCGGUUCCUGAAGGCUCUGAGUUUUGCCUCCCUGGACAAGGAGGAUCUGCUGAGCCCCAUCAGCCAGAACACUCUGCAGCGGUCCUCCUCAGUGAGAUCCAUGGUGUCCAGCGCCACCUACGGCAGCUCUGAUGACUUCAUCGGCCUGGCGCUGCCAGUGGACAUUAACAACAUGUUCCAGAUAAAAGAAACACCAUAUUUCCUGAAGAGGACCAGCCCUCCCUCUGAGGACAGAUCUGCCAAAUUCUUCUCUGGAGACUCAGAUGGGCCCAGCCCUCACUCCAGGCAUGCAGUGCUUCGCUCCCAGCUGAGCAUCACAGAGCUGAUGGGGGUGAGCCGGGCGGAGCAGCAGAAGUUGCUGGGCUCAGAGGAGACUGGUCUACAGGAACACAACGAUGACAACUGCCUCUACUGCACUGGGCUCUCUGUGCUCGGCUUCAGCGCUUCCAAUAGCAGCCCAGACUUGACAGAGGAACCCCCUUUCUCAGAAUGGUGCGGUCCGCCUGUGCAGAACCACCUGGAGGUCAUGGGCCAAACCAAACUGUCAGGGGUGUCCGGGUGCAGUGAUGCUGUGUCUCAGGGCUCCCCAGGAAGCACCCGCAGCACUGAACUGAUUUUGGGAGUGAAGUCCAUUCCAGAGGAAUCUCCAGCCGGCAGGGUUCUCCUCAGGAAGGAGGUCCUGCGUCUCGUGGUCAACCUCAGCUCCUCUGUGGGGAUCAAAGGCCACGAGACUAACCUGCUAACGAUCAAGGAGAAAUUCCCAUAUGCAUUCGAUGACAUCUGUCUCUAUUCUGAGGUGUCUUACCUGCUUGCCCACUGCAUGUUCCGUCUGUCCGCACGCCGCUUCAUCCAGGAGCUCUUUCAAGACGUGCCAUUCAUUCCGAUGUACGAAGAGGCAGAGGCCAUCCUCUCCAAGCCCCCAAAGAAUGGACCGGCCGACCCUCCCACUGAGCCCUGAGUCAACCCUACUGCCCUUCUGUCUCACAGCCUGUCAAACCCUGAGUCACCACUACUGAUCUUCCAGUCAACCACAACCCCUAAAGCCUGAAUCACACCCCACCCCCGGAACCUUCAGCUUACCCUCAAACCUCAACCCCCGGAACCUUCAGCUUACCCUCAAACCUCAACCCCCGGAACCUUCAUUUAACCCUCAACCCCCACCCCCGGAACCUUCAUUUAACACUCAAACCUCAAACCUUGGACUUCGUAGCCCUCAAACUUCAGUCAACCCACACCCCUGACGUGUGAGACAACCCUAACCCCUCAACCACAAACGCUUGAGUCACUACCAACCACAGCUCUGUAGGGCCUGAGUCACCUUCCACCCCCACAUCCUCCCUUACCUCUCCAUACCAGAGUGCACUCACUGUAUGUCCUCCUGGGAUUUGGACUAAAAUGAAAAUAUGGAGGGAAGAAAUAUGUUCUUCCUAUUGACUAAGUUUUAGAUAUGAUGGAUGAUAACGCAGGAUAAACAAAUAUUAUUAUUUUUUUUAUCUGAUCAAAUGAUGGCAGCCAGCUAUGAGUGUUUUUAACAGAGCUCAUUUUUGGGAAAUUCUUCACAAACUGAGCUUGGAUCACAAUCAAAUCCAAAUGACUUAAAAUGGUCCAUCAUUCCUGAGGGCUUCCUCAGUUAUUUUGAAUAUAUGACUGCAUCCCAACCACUGGUGUGAAAUACCACAGCAUGUUGUUUUUGGCUUGGCUUCUCCCAAAGUGGAUCCAUUGACUUUGACUAAAACACUAAAGAGUAGGGUUCCUCUGCAUAACACUAAAACCUCUCUGCAUCUGGAGAGAGGACCAUGCUAUUGUGAAAAUCAUUGCGCCUGAACAAAGAACAGUGAAGGAGAAUAGUGAUAAAUACUUUUGGUAUUGCUCUAUUUAAUGAUGGCAGAUACAGGUCAGCCAAAUGAUCAUCAUUCACUGGUGCAGUUUGGUGGUUGUCUCUCUUAUUUGUUGAUGUGCUAAAGAGGAAAUGUUCCUUCUUGCCCUUUGCUGGAUUUUGUUUUGUUAUUUUGUUUAGGACUUUGUUUGUCUGUGUUUUUAAGCGUUUAUAUUAAGAACUGAACAACUACAUGUAGGAGUGAAAUCUACCAAAACAUUGCCAUUGAACAUCUGUCUGUGCGUUUCAGCACAGAAGAGUUAUUAACGGUCAGUUACUCAACUGAUGAUUGAAACUACGGCUGCAUUUAUUUUUGUUUACGACCUAGAAAUUUAAACCCUAAAAUAAAAGUGCAGGGUUGAAACGAGAUUUGGUUCUCAUCAAAGUGGAGGAAGACCUGUAUGACUGCUACCCCUUCUGUCAUAAAUUUCUUCAGAACAUGGUUCAUGAAAACAGUCACUAUUUGAUGGCCAUGUAGAGUUGCUGCUUCAUUCCAGUCAUUCAGUAGCCAUUCCCAUCAGUUUCCAUUCAUUCCUGUCCGUUUCCAUUCCACAGUCAGAAGCCAUUCCCAUCAGUUUCCAUUCAUUCCUUUCCGUUUCCAUUCCACAGUCAGAAGCCAUUCCUGUCCGUUUCCAUUCCACAGUCAGAAGCCAUUCCCGUCAGUUUCCAUUCAUUCCUG